CUAUCUAUCUAUCUGUCUGUCUGUCUGUCUGUCUGUCUGUCUGUCCAAUAUAUAAAUAGAGGGUUAGUAAUAGAUAUAUUCUGGAUACCAUAUAUAGAUUUUACUUUGUUUUCUCUGUGGUUAAACCAUGGUUCAUUUUCUUAAGGGGCCACAACCAGUCCAAACAACGAUAAUCAAAACAAACAAACCACUGCACGAGAAUAACGAAAGGAAAUAAACAAGAUGAUAAUUUUUCACAUUCUGAGCGCUGUCAAAACCCCUCAUCAAGACACAAAACACCAGGCACUUACUGGUGUACAGCACGACGCAACUGAUUGUUAAAGUUAAUCAUUGCUGUUGUUAUGAGGAAGUGAACUUUAAGCCUGAGACGCAUUAGAAGAGUCUCCAGGAAACCAUUAUGUACAUAUAAAACACACACAUGAAGAAGAGAAUGUAUGAAUGAAAUGAAACAACCACAGACUGUUAUCAUACCAUAUUUGGAUAAAUAACAGGAGAAACUGGUCUGGCAACACAGGUAAUUCAAACCUUCACUUUUCACAAAGUGGCAUUUAAGCAACAGACAGGUUGUUUUGAUGAGUUAAUCUUCAUUUAGUUUUUAUUUUUUUUUAUGUGUAAAGACAUUCGACCUUGUAACUUUCUAAACAGUCUUUCUUCUUUUUUUAAAGUCUUCAGAUUUUUUUAUAUAUAUAUAUGUGAAGCAGUGAAGGCAAGAUGAAAACAGACGACAAACUUCAGAUCCUGAAAUUCUUCUUUAUGCUUGUCAAUGCCUUCUUUGUGAUUCUUGGCAUCAGCAUUUUUGCCUGUUCGGCUUGGAUUUUAUUUGAUAAGGACAGCUUUGUAAGUGUUCUCAGCUCUGGACAGGAGGUUAAGGUGGUGGCCGGGGGGCUCUUUUUCAUCGGCCUUGUCGUGGUUGGUGUGUCCUUGCUGGGUUGUGCCGGAGCCUAUUUUGAGAGCAGAUGCUUCAUCAUAUUUUAUCUGUCCUUUUUAAUUGUCAUCAUACUGGGUCAGAUUUUCAUCACCUUUGUGCUAUUAAUACGAAGAAAGACGAUUGAGCAGUUUUUGAGGGAUAAAGUGGACGAGAUCAUUAAGCAGUAUGGAGGAGAUGAAAUCCAAACAUCCUGGAAACUUCUAGACAGCGUCCAGACCUCUGCCCGGUGCUGUGGUAGACUAAACUCAAAUGAAUGGAGGAAUAACACUGUUAUUGCAUCCCUGGGGGGGACCGACAUCUACCCCUGCUCCUGUUUCAAUGGUACCUGCCCUGUAAUCCUGGAAGAGACCUACAGUUUUGGAAACGGUUCAGACGUUUUUGAAAGGGGCUGUGAGGAAACUCUUGUCAACUGGCUAGAGAUGAAUAUAAUAGUAAUAUUUGGAAUGGAUGUUGCACUCAUUUUGAUUCAGAUUAUGCAGUUUAUCUUUGCCGUCCAAACCUUCAAAUGCAUCGGCCGCAAGACAAGAGAACUGCAUCCCAGCAAUCUACUAAACGCCAUGGAGGAAAACCCUGCAGCAGAUCCCGAUCAAGAGCAGUACAGUCUAGAAAAUCAGCAAAUCGACGAUCAAACCUAUAACCCUCAAACUGAUGAUGGCUACUAUCAACACGUCGGAUAUGACGGUGGGAAUUAUGAUGACCAAUACAACAACCCACAAUUUUACCAGCAGGACACAAGUCAAACGCACAAUACACCUGCUAUUCUCCAACACAGCUACAGCGACGGCUAUGAUGAUCAGACAUACACACAACAGCAGAACUACCAACAUACCUACAAUCCUGUCGAUUACUGAAGCCAGAUUUCUUUUCUCAUGUAACAUGAUCAGAUUGGGAUGGGCUAAUUUGAGGGUUUAAAAAUAGCAUGCCAUACAAAGAGCGGGCUGUGGUCUGCGCCAUGACCAAAACCUUCUUCUAAGACCAUUGUUUUGCUUCAGCGUGUUCAGGUUAGUAUCUGUUUCCCAGGAGUGUCAUUUGUCAUUUUAAAAGACAUUCAUUCCAGACUUCAAAAACUCAAACACACAUCUUUAGAAGGCACAGCUCAGGGUUUGAUGACAGACAAGUAACCCGAUGUUUAAGCAGGUUUUAGCAGUUUCUAUUUUAUUGUAAUACCCCCUUGACAAGUUUACAGGUGCUGUAUAAAUGAAUAUGUAAUAAUAACACAAAAACACUGACCUGGAAUCAUAAUCAAUAUAAUGUACAGUGCCCUGCACUAAGUUUGGCACCUUUGGUAAACAUGAAGAAAACGUAUUUAUGGUUUAAACUUGUGAUCUUUAGCUCAAAUUAUUAGCCAAAACUGAAGAUGAUUGAGUUUAUUUACUAGACAACCUUUGAAUCUUGAUGUUAGAUUGUAACUUUGAAGACUUUCUUAGACUUUCUAGACCAAAAUAACUCUCCAACUAAUUCCCCAGCUGUGAUUCUUAGAUUACAACGACAGCACAUGCAUAAUGAUGUAUUAAUAUGUAAGCUAAACAGCUACCUUUAAUACUUGUUAGUUCAUGUUGCUAAUUAAUGUAUUAAUUAAAUUGAUUUAAAUUUAAGCUAAAUGUAACCAACAUGAACUGUUAAUGUAAUUAUGUCAUGACUUUACUUGGAGGGGUACAUUAUCAUCAUUUUAUCCUUAACUCCCUCUGUUCAUGUUGAUGUUGACAGAACACUUUUCAGUAACACUGUCACAAUACACAGUGUUAACAAACCAUUAACUAACACUACUAGCUUAGUAAACUACUAAUUAGUGGUUUAUUAAUAGUUAGUAAGACUGUAGUUGGGUUUAGGGUAGGAUUAGGGACGCUGAAUAAGAUCAUACUUUAUAACUACUAAUGAACAGUUAAUAUCUUAAUAAUAGGCAGGUAAAAAGGCAGUAGAUAAUGACAUUAGUUGUGACCUAAACUAAGGUGUUAACCACUUUUCGAUUGUUAUUCAGUGUAAACGCACUAGACGGAUGUGCAUAAGGAGUUCAUGUGUAGUUAAGAAUGGGUCAACGAUGAUGUGCCCCUCCAAGUAAAGUCAUGACAUAGUUACGCAUUAACAUACAGUAUCAUGAGUUCAUGAUGGUUAAAUUAAGUAUAAACUAAUGUGCUAAUUAAUACAGUAAUUAAGAAACAUGCACUAGCAAGUAUUUAAGGUAACCAUUAUUCACAGAUGACCUCGUGUUGUAGUUAUAGUUAGUUCAUGAUUAGCGCAUUCAUUAACUCAUCAUUAGUUCAUAAUGUAAUGUUUACUUUACAUAUUAAUACAUCAUUGUUCAUGUAGUGUUAUUGUAAAGCAGUACAGACUACCAAGAUUAUACACAUGUCCCUAAUGGACGAAAUGGCCAUUUUAAGUGCUAUUUUCUGAUAACCACUACACAUUUUGUGAACGCAACACCAUUUUGCCACAAAAACAUCUCUGUUUUUUUUUACACAUUGUGAUGAAUGACUAUUGAGUGAUGAAUGAGUUUGACCUGCGCAUCGCCUCAUCCGAACAACCCUGUGAAACAGGAGGUCAUGGUUGAACAAUUUACUCUCUCUUGUCACCAAGAUGUAAAAAAAAGUAAACAAAACAUCUAAAAUAUUUUGCUCAUACAAAUUCCAAUAAAGGGCGAUAUGCACAGUGUUUUUCAGGAAACGGUGAAAGGUUAAUGUGAAUAUUUUCAAUUUAAUAAAGUUCCUUUUACAGUA